AUGGACAACGUUGCGGAUAAUGAGAUGCUCGUCGAUGAAUACGAGCAGUAUCACAAUGACAGGACGGAUGAUGUCGUGGUCUCUCGCUCUGGUUCAGAGGAGCCAGAACCAGAGCCCCUUGCGGAUGACUAUCCCGCAAUGAUGGCUCGCAUCCUCCCGAAGGAUUCCGACUUAGAGACCGCAGACGAAGCGUAUCACACAUGGCACAUUCAGGAUUGGCGCAAGCUGAAAAAGAAGGAGCAUGGGCCAGUCUUCCAAUGUGGGGGAUUCCCUUGGCGGGUGCUCUUCUUCCCUUACGGUAAUCAAGUUGAAUAUGCUUCAUUCUACCUGGAGCAUGCUUGGGAGCAGGAACCCCCAGAGAAUUGGUAUGCAUGCGUCCAAUUUGCUUUGGUUCUGUGGAACGUCAAUGACCCAUCAAUUUACGUAUCUCAUGUUGCUACGCACCGUUUUAACGCAGACGAGGGCGAUUGGGGCUUUACCAGAUUCUGCGAAUUGCGCAGACUUUUCAACAUGCCAUGGGAAGGCCGUGGAGUCCCGUUAGUGCAAAAUGACGAAGCCAGAGUCACGGCUUACGUACGUGUUGUGAAAGACCCGACGGGUGUGCUUUGGCACACUUUCCAAAACUAUGACUCGAAGAAGGAAACUGGCAUGGUCGGGUUGAAGAACCAGGGUGCAACAUGUUACCUCAAUUCCUUGCUCCAGUCCUUAUACUUCACAAACUCAUUCCGCAAGGCUGUAUACCAAAUACCCACAGAGGCCGAGGCGUCCAAAGAAAACAGUGCCUGGACUCUUCAAAGGCUAUUCUACAACCUUCAAACCAGUGAGAAUUCGGUAUCGACAACUGAAUUGACGGCAUCAUUCGGCUGGGAAUCGCGGCAAAUCUUCGAACAGCAGGAUGUCCAGGAACUUUCGAGAAAGUUGAUGGAAAGGUUGGAGGAAAAGAUGAAAGGAACGCCAGUGGAAAAGGCAUUGCCCGACCUCUUCGUUGGGAAGACGAAGACUUAUAUCUCCUGUAUUAACGUCGAUUAUGAAUCCUCGCGCGUGGAGGAUUUCUGGGAUAUCCAGCUUAACGUGAGGGGCAACAAGACCCUUGACGACAGCUUCAAGGAUUACAUCCAGGUGGAAACUCUUGAAGGCGAGAACAAAUACGACGCUGGUUCUCCCUACGGUUUGCAAGAUGCAAAGAAAGGUGUCAUCUUCGAAAGCUUCCCCCCUGUCCUUCAUCUCCACUUGAAGCGGUUCGAAUACGACAUCAAUCGCGACGCGAUGAUGAAGAUCAAUGACCGCCACGCUUUCCCCAUGGAGUUUGAUGCUUCACCCUAUCUUUCCAAUGACGCCGACAAAUCAGAAUCCUAUAUGUAUGAGUUGCAUGGAGUUUUGGUCCACAGCGGCGACUUGAACGCAGGACACUACUACGCAUUUUUGAAACCCACUAAGGAUGGACAUUGGUAUCGCUUUGAUGAUGAUCGAGUUACUAGAGCUACUGACAAGGAGGUCCUUGAGGAGAAUUAUGGUGGUGAAUAUGAGCUUGCCAAUGGCGCGGCUGGCGUACGGCAACCAUACACAAGAGGACUUUCGACAAAGCGGUCUAUGAAUGCCUAUAUGUUGGUAUACGUUCGCAAGACACGAAUAGACGAUGUUCUCUUACCGAUUACGAAGGAUGACGUUCCUUCUCACAUUGAAAAACGGUUGACCGAGGAAAGAGCGGAGUUUCUCCGCAGGAAGAAGGAGAGGGAGGAAGCGCACCUCUUUAUCAACGUCGGAGUUUUGACGGAAGAGUCCUACAGAUCGCAUCACGGAUUUGAUCUAACAAGCACGGAUCUACCUGCCGGCGAUCCCGCCCUACCAAAGGCGUACAGGAUACUCCGGGCUACGAAGGUUCGCGAAUUCGCUGAGCAGCUUGCUGAAGAACGGGGUCUUAACGCCAAUCAAAUUCGCUUCUGGGUCAUGGUUAACCGCCAAAACAAGACAACUCGCCCUGAUCAAGUCAUCAAAGACCCUGAUAUGACUGUCGAAGAAGCCUAUAGCAGAUACGGCACUAAAGGAAAUCCAUUCAAAGUAUGGAUGGAGGUUGGGCAGCCUGCUGCGGAUGGGUCCAUUCCUUCGCCGGAUAGCAACAACUCGGUCUUAAUCUUCUUGAAGAAUUUCGACGUGCCGUCGCAAACCCUCACAGGAGUGGGAGCUGUAUAUGUUCGGAAGAAUCAGAGAGUUGCCGACCUUGCUCCGACGAUACUCGAGAAGAUGAACUGGCCUGCCGGGACCGAAUUUAUGCUUUUUGAGGAGAUCAAGCACAACAUGAUCGACGUUAUGAAGCCAAAGCAGACAUUCCAGCAGUCGGAGAUUCAAGAUGGUGAUAUUAUAACAUUCCAGCGGACGGUUAAAGAGUCCGAAUUACCCCCGGCCGCAUUGUACACCGACGCGAGACAAUACUACGACUACUUGUUGAACAGGAUCGAUAUUACCUUCGCUCCCUUCAAGGCUACCGACGGUGAUGAAUUUGUUCUGACUUUGAGCCGAAAGAUGACAUACGAUCAAUUCUCAAAGAAGGUUGGCGAGCAUCUGAACGUGGAGUCAACGCACCUACGCUUUGCUCCCGUUCUGGCAAGCAGUGGAAAACCAAAGCAGUUCAUCAAGCGGAACUCCAACCAGGCCAACCAGACUCUGUAUCACAUUCUUAGUGGACAGGUCAGCGGAUAUGGUUAUAGUAUGCACCGUCAGGAUGCGCUAUAUUAUGAAGUCCUGGAGACUAGCUUGAGUGACUUUGAGUCAAAAGUUUGCCUGAAAGUAACAUUGCUUCCUGAAGGCAUCACUAAAGAGCAAGUAAUUGAGGUCCUAGUCCCUCGGGACGGUACCAUCUCAGAUCUCCUGGCGGGACUGCAGAAGAAGGCCAACCUUGAAGACGACGUGGUCCGUGAAAUGCGGGUCUUCGAAGCUCACAGCGGCAAGAUCUACAAGGAAUAUCAAGCCGACUCCAGGAUCGCUCCUAUCAAUGAAUAUGUAUCUCUAUACGCCGAAAGAGUACCGGAGGAAGAACUCCAGAUGCGGGACGGCGAGCGGACAAUCAACGCAUUCAACUUUGAUCGGGAACCGAACAGGUCACACGGAGUUCCUUUCAAGUUUGUCUUGAGACCUGGCGAAAUCUUCAAGGAGACGAAAGAGAGAUUAUCCAAGCGGACGGGCAUCAAAGGCAAGCAAUUUGAGAAGAUCAAAUUUGCUGUUGUACCCCGAUCGUUGUACUCUAACCCGCGGUAUCUCGAAGAUGAUGAUAUCCUUUCCGACAUCGUUGGUGACUCCGACGAUCUGCUGGGACUCGACCAUGUAAAUAAGAAUCGGAAUUUUUGGAACAGGAGCGAGUCCUUUUUCAUUCGAUAG